AUGUCGCUAGAUCCAAAUCAUAGGGCACUUCUAAGGAAGAAUUUAUCUAGCAGCAGUACUCAACAACCGGAGAGGAAAAAGAGGAGGAGACAUGUCAGUCCACCAAAGGAUAAUGAAGACAUUAAAGAAUUGUUUGAAGCAGAGAAUUCCUCGGACUCCAUGGAAUUCGAGGAUGUGGACAUAGAGGCUCCUGAGACACCACCACCUACGAACCCUAUUACUGCUAAUGACGGGUCCGAUCUGGAAGAAGGCUCCGAUGACUUCGAGGACCUUGAAGACGUUGAUAUAGAUGCUAUGUUGGAUGAACCGCUGAAGCCAGAAGAGUCGAUUACUAUCACCAUCAAUGAGCAGAAAAAUGAAGAAGCUAAGGGCAAGAAGAAGAAGGUUGUCACGGUGCCUAAGCAAGAACGCCACAGACGAAAGCUAGUGCAUCAAUUGUACCUUAUGGCGAUGCUUGCACACGGAGCUACGAGGAAUUCGUGGUGCAAUGACAAGACACUACAAAAAUUGCUUGUGGAGAACUUCCCUCGGGCCUCAAAAGCCACUUUGAUCCACCCGCUUCGCUUAUUGAUUUUGUGA